ACUUGGGCAUUAAUUCCCAACACUUUCUUUUAUAAAUCUUCCCAAUCUCAUCCCAUCUUUCAAAAUCGAUACCUGAUAAGUUCUAACACCACCCGUUGCAAGGCCAUUUAGAACAAUAUGAACCAGAUCACGAUUCACACAUCUUCGCUCUUUGACUCGCAUCGGAAAUGUUUCGUUUCGGAUACUUCUAUCAUUAUUGAUAAAACCACUGGUUUAAUUAGGAGAGUGUACCAACGGAACAGUCCACCGCCAGACAAUUAUGCAGUGGAGCCAGCCAGUAUUGACCUACGAGGCUUCACGGUGCUUCCAGGCCUCGUCGACGCACACACUCACGUGUUUCUACACCCCUACUCCGAGGUAUCAUCUAUAAACCAAAUGCGUGACGAGAGUCUUGUCGAAAGGGUAGUGCGGGCUACGAACCAUGCCAAGGCUGCAUUGAUGGCGGGCUACACCACCUAUCGUGAUUUGGGAACCGAGGGCUUACGGGACGCCGACGUUCAUUUUAGAGACACCAUCAACCGUGGCAUCAUACCCGGCCCACGCAUAUUCGUCGCGACAGAGUGCAUCGCCUCCAGUGGCGGGUAUGAGAUACGGCAGGAAAAUAGCCUGGAUGGUGUCGGCACGUCUGUUCCCAGGAUAUCAGAUCCAGCCGAUGGUGUCGACGGCGUUCGCGCGGCUGUGCGCAGACGUUUGGGCGCUGGUGCCGACAUCGUCAAGUUCUACGCCGAUUACAGAAAGCGAACUCUACGAUAUCCCCAACCGAGUUGGCCGGGCGCCGAGGAAAUCCUGUUCCCGCCUUCCAGCGAUAUAUUGGACGGGCGACGGAACCCGAACGUGCUACUGUUCACGCAAGAGGAAAUGAAUGCCAUGGUGUCCGAGGCAAAGAGGUCCGGGGCACCUAUAGCGGCUCAUGCGCAAAGCCCAGAGGCCGUUAUUAUGGCCGCGGAGGCAGGUGUCACUUCGGUUGAGCAUGGCUUUAUGCCUAGCGACGAGGCGCUGGAAGCAAUGAAAGAGAAUGACACAAUAUUCGUGCCAACACUAGCAGUUCUCCACGCUGUAACCGGUGGCUCUGAAAAAGUUAUGAGGACGGUAUUAGGCCAUACGAAAGCUGCGUAUGAUAAGGGAAUCAAACUUGCCGCUGGCGGUGACACGGGCGCUUUCGCGCAUGGCGAGAACGUGCUUGAGUUGGAGUUGAUGGCAGAGGCUAAGAUACCCAUUCCUGAUAUCUUGCAAGCGGCGACACUACACGGGUGGGAGUCAUGUGGCGGUGAUCUAUGCGCCAGACGAUUCGGGUAUUUAGGGGAGGGAUUUGCAGCCGACAUCAUCGCGGUUGACGGGGAUCCAAUUUCAGAUUUCAGCGCAAUGAGGAAGGUGAGGUUUGUGAUGAAAGACGGGAUGAUAUUUAAGGAUGAAAAUUACCGGAUGCCUAUUAUGUACCGAGGCAUUGAUCGUACUGGUAGAAAUAAAUAUACCACCUGACCUCCAUACUAAGACAUCUACGUAGUAAUCGCCAUUAGUUAAAAGAAUAUAGUUAUUUACUACCUUUAUGUAAGAGAACAGGGGCUAGGGAGUGGGUAGAAAAGCGCGGGGCAGAUCUCAUGACAG